UUUGUAACGAACAUCAAAGAGAUAUGCGCCCAAUUUGUUUUGUUCGUAAGCGACAUACAGCGCCACCGCAGUUUCUCAGUCCACCGCCUCUCGGUAUUCAUUGGAAUUUUUCUCUCUCACACUGAGAGCGCGUUUGCUGAGAAGCGGAGAGCAAGUAAUAAUACAUUCACUGCAUUCAAAGAGAAGAGUCAUAAUCGUCCAUUUUGCCACGAUCUUUCGCAUAGUCAAUACUACAGAUUCUAAGCCGUGUUUUUAAUUUUUAAUAAAUUCAAAUCGUUUGCAAUAAUUACGGUAACAAAAGUGCACAUAAAAAUUAAUAAGUGGAUACAACAAAGUUGGUUGAUAUGCCGAAAAAGUGAUUUUAGAAAGUUUGGUGUUAGUGUUCGGUGUGACAAGAGCACGAAUAAUAUUUCAAUUCAAGCUUGAAAAAACAUUUCUAAAGUGGUGAAAUAUUAUUAAAAAUGGAUGACAUCAAAGAUUAUGACGAUGAAGGUUUCGAGCUGGAAUUCCACGAUGAAACAACACCAGAGGAACGGAAAUACUUUGUACAAAACUACACCAAUGUUAAUAUGGUGGCUGAUCGUAGAGUGCAUUGCACAUGUUGUGACACUCACAUUGGAACGGCUCCAUCGGCCGAAAAAAUCAUCCGAAUGCAUCCCGUUUUGCGGGUGACACAAUGCGUAAAAUGCUUUCGAUUCUACAAUAGCGGCGAAUUUGAAAAAGGCGAAGAUGGAAGUGAACUGUAUUGCCGUUGGUGUGGCCAAGGUGGCGAUGUCUACUGCUGUUCGGAUUGCCCGUAUGUGUUCUGCAAAAAGUGCAUCCUUCGAAAUUUGACUAAAGUCGCCCUGAACGAUGUCACUUCCAAUGACAACUGGAAAUGUUUCUCAUGCGCACCGAAGAUUUUGCAUCAUUUACGAGCUCAGCAUUGGGCAUUGGUCAAUUUCAUUGCCAAACAAAAGAAGAAAAUCGACGGCAUGUCAAGUAAGCUUGAUCAAGAUGAAAUCACUGAUGCCAUGAACCAAGACGUAUCUCAAUGCUGCGGAAAUAAGAAGAAAUCAAGUGACAACAAGAGAAGAAGAGCGGUCACUGCUGAUGAUUCAGAUGAUCCUGAUGACACAAGUUGGUUGACGAAGAAUAAGAAGAAGAAAAAGAAAACCUCUUCAAUCAUUGACGAGAAUUCGAACUCGGGCACUGAAUCAGUCGACUCGGAACGGUCAGCAAAACGAGCAAAAAAAACGAAUAAAAGUUUGUCUGAAUCUGUGACAGAUUCACCGGCACCCUCAGCACCGAAAAAGGUGAGCUCACCGCAGCAAGUGAAGAACUUACCGCAGCAAGUGAAGAACUCACCGCAGCAAGUGAAGAACUCACCGCAGCAAGUAAAGAACUCACCGCAGCAAGUAAAGAAAACACCGGUAGAGAAACCGUCUACACAACCUCGUAAGUUGCCGCAACCGGUCAAGGUGCCAUUACCAAACAUUGUAAUUCCACCACCAAAACCGACAACUACCGAAGCAGCCGAAAUCGAUUGUACACCGGAUUUAUUUGCAUUCCUUCUAAAUAAUUCGUACGAAGAGACGCACGGUGGGAGCGAACAAUCGAAUGAAAAUUCGGUGUCAUCGUCGACUGGUGUCACAUCAACCGCACAAGUGCCGUCAACAUCUCAAAGUCAGUCGCAGCCAUUGAAUAAUUCCAAUUCAAUGCGAAUCGAAAAUGUGGUCAGUGGACAAGCGGCCAGUACGGAAUUCGCGCAAUCGAAUCAACGCGAACAGUUUGUACGACGUGUUGCUCGAUCUCAAGCAAAUCAAACGGCUUCACAACCCGUCUACCACAAUUACAAUGGCUAUCGUAUCGAUUUGAAUAGCGCAUCGCAACAGAGUACAAUUCGUUUGCCGAGCGGAAAAGUUAUUCAUGUGAAGAAACAAUCGCCGAUAAAUCGAAAUGAAUCCGCACGUUAUUCCAUAACACCGCAACCAUCUCAACCGGGCGCUCCUGUAACUACUCGCACCGUUGUGGCACAACCUACGCCGCAGCCACCACAGCCACCGCCGCCGCGACAUCAGCCACCACGACCUCAAUCGAUUAACCGAACAAUUUGUGGACCAGCACCACAGCCGCGUUUACACCCAAUCCAACGUGUUCCAACAUCAGCAGCCACAGCACCGAUGGGCCCGCGUUCGCGACUAGCAAACCAAUCUGUACCACCACGUACAAACCAAUCGUUAGGACAACCUGUACCGCAGCAUCUUCAGGCGGUUCGUUCACAAGCACCAUCGCCAUUGAUCAUAAAUUCCGUGAGCUCGGGUGUACCGAUGCCAUACAGCCAAGGUAUGCCACCGCAAAGAGCAAGAGGACCGAGAACGCCAAUGAUUCCAACACCAGCCAAUCAUAUGCCGUUACAACAAGCUCAAAUGCAGUUCCAACAGUUUUUGCAAGGGCAACAAAUGACAAACGCUCCACCGGCACAAAAUCCAAAUGUUACCGCUGGCCCAAAUAUGCCGAACGCAUUGCAGCCACGCAUUUACUCAAAUGAUCCGGUUGGCCGGGCUCGCACACAAUUGGAACGGCAAAUUUUCAAUGCAAUUUCGAUUUGUCAUCAAAUCGACGGGAAAUUGAAAACACUCAUGAACUCAAACGCUUACAAAGGCGUGGAGAAAAUGCACGAUAUCAAAGAGCUAUACAUUCAUCUUUCGUACUUGUUUACGUACACAAAUGGGCGUUUCCAGUCGGUGCACGACAAAUGCAUGGAAGAUAUGCGACGUCUUGGCUUCAAAACCGAUGCAAAAAAUCUGAAAGAUGGAAAUGUGAUCGAUAAAUAUGGCAGCGAUGUGGAUGAAGAUGAUUUGGAAAUCGUUGAGCCAAAUCAUCAAACCAUCAAUUUGGACUCGGACGAUGAACGAACACCCGAAAAAAGUAAAUCGAAAAGCAAUACAAACACGCCACGGCCGCGCAUCGCUAUGCCCGAAAUUACACAGUCAAACCACAAUGAAACGCAUGAAGAGGUUGAUCCCGGUGUUAUGCUGGACAUUACGUCGUCAACUGAAAAUUUGGAAUGUGACGUGGAUGUAUCAGCACUAUUGCAAGUCAGUAUGAAUGUGGACGAAGAGGAUAACGGCGAUUUAUUGAUGUCACGCAUGAAUGAAGGUGCCGGUGGAAUUGCAACACCACCAGACACUGAACAACCGGAAAGCAUCAAUAUUGAAAACGACUUGAAGUUGAAGAGUAAGGCGACUAUCAGUUUGAAACCAGUGGAACAGGUUUAUCCGGAUUUGAUGGAAAAAGCACUCCAGAAUAUGAAAGCAAGCCAAGAAGUGAAUGAGCAAGAUACUGAAAAUAAAGAAGAAGAAGUGGAGCAACCACCUAAAAUAGACUCUCCAGAUCAAUCGCAAGAUGAAGGUGAGGCAGAAGGCAAUGUCAAUGAAAAGGAGAAUGAAAAUGAAAAGGAGAAUGAAAAUGUAUGCUCAGAUGGUACAAAGGAAAAGAAAAAUGAUGAGCCGGCAAACGAUAGCGUCGAAUUAGUGCACGAUGUCGAUGAGCAAAAAGAAGAUGAGCCACAGGAAGAGACACAGUGCGAAAAUGAACCAAUUGAAGUACCGGACGAUGGGAAUGUCGAAAACGAUGUUGAAAGCGUAAACAAUGGAGCCGAAACUGUCGAAAACGAAGUCGAAAGCUUGAACAAUGAUGUCGAAAAUGUGGAAAAUGACGUCGAAAAUGUUGUUGAUGAAGUGAUUAAUCUAGAAAAUAAAGCCGAACACGAGGAAAUCGUUCAGCUUCACGACAUCAUUGAAGCUGAAAACGUUGAAAAUGAGGUGGAAGUACCCGAAAAUCCACAAGUCGAAGCCGAAGCCACAACGUCGCAACAAAAUGCUGAUUCCAAUGAAAACGAGGCUAAAUCCGUUGACAACGGUUCCGAUAACGAUGAAAAGGACUUAUCGAACGAAGAAAGUCAUGCGGAAAUAACAUCCACAUCAAGCGUCAUUGAAAAUGACAUUGAAAUGGCCGAAGAAUUGGUUGCUGAAGAAAUGACCGAUGACCAUGAUGGUGGUAAAAGUGAUGCUGAAAUAGACCACACCAAUGAUUCAAAUGAAAUCAGCAUGCUGGAUACGGUUGAUGAUGCGGUCAUCGAAAUUGAUACCACACAAGAAAAUGAUCAAAUGGUCGAGGACUCGGUCAUUGAAAUCGAAACAACUCAAGAGCCGAACGAAACGGAAUCCAUUUUUUCUGACUUGAGUGAUUGCAACCAGUUGAACGAGAUCACAAACGAGAUAAGCAAUGAAAUCAACGAAAUCAGCACGGAAAUUGAAGCGACAAUUGCAAACGCAAUUGAAUCACAAGCGGUGGCAGCAAUUUUGGCAAAUGAUGAUUUUGAAAAUAUCUCAUCGCCCGAUACUUUUAAUUGAAAGCACAUGCAUGGUUAGACAUAAAUAUAUUAACCCAUUUGAUAGAAUCAAAACAUUAUUCAUUUUUAUAUCGCUAUAAAGCGAUUCAUGUUUUGUCAAUUCUUCUUUUUUUUCAAGAAAAAUCAUUAAAGUAAUAAAUGGUAACAAAAAAAA